AUGAUAGCUAUGAUAAAUUGCACCUUUCGCAAGAUAGUCGAACACAAGGAUGCUGAUGCAAGAUUAAAAGACUAUAGCUUAUCUCUCACCAAACAAUUUGAAACCGAGCAAAACAAGCAAAGAUUCAGAAAGGAAUACACGAAGCUGAUUAACGAACAACAAAUUGAGGAGAUGGAGAAAGAAGCAGAGAUUGAAGCUCGUCAGACAAGUCGCAUCUUGACUACAGUGGAGGCUAGAGUUUAUAGACAAACAAUGCAGCAAAAACUGGAUCAAAUGUUUGACGAGGAUGAGACUGAAGAAUCAGGAGAUUUACAGACAUUUGCUACCCCUGAUGACCAGACGUUUGCUACCCUCGAUGACCCGUUCGUCGAAGAGGAGGAGGAGUUCCCAACUCUGAAGGUUGUUAAAGAGAAAAACAUAUACAAGUACCAAGCACCAGCGCAGAAUAUUAUUUCACCUCACAAACCCAUCAUUCAAGCAAACGAUUUAGGUGUUCUGAAGAACUAUUUUGACAUCUGCAUUGGGACAAGUCAAGAUAAGGCUACCGAAGAAACCAAGCAAGAGUUUAUGAUGAAGAAGGCAAUUAUGGACCUCCCUGCUGAAUCAAGUGCUUUUACUGAAUUUGUCCAGUACACCCUGAUUGAUUUCACUUUGAAUCUACUGAAACCAGGUAGUUUUAAUGGAAAAAGCGACGAACGCAGCAUCUUUUGUGAAGUAUAUAUCCCAAUAUUCAAAGCUUUUGGCAACUGCCUUAGUGCAUUGAACUAUACAUGGUGUGAAAAAAAAGCAAAGGAUGCUGAUUUCGUCUGGCUUGUGUCAAAUGAUUUUUCCAGGGAAAAGAAAGAUAAUCUGAAACUACUUGAUGGCGUUGGCACCUUGGUGAAAGUUGACAGUACAUACCUAGUAAUGGAAAGCAGCGGUUUUAGCAAUGACAAGAUGGUCCCUCAUUCCCUCAACGAUACUCUCAAGAAUAUCAAGAAUGGCCAUGACAAUUUAAAGUAUUUGUUUAGUCAGUACCGAAACGCCUCUUUUGAUACCAUCAAGAAGGUGAACAUUUUCUCCUGCCAAAUCAUUGAGGACAAGGUCACUCUGAUAAAAUACGCUGUCAAAUGUCGAACAACUUGGAAAGUCGUUGAAUGCCGUUCAGCUUCAGCGCCACUCACUAUUGAAAACAGCUUCGAUUAUAUGAGAGUUUUUGAACUCUUCGCAUACAUGUUGGAUGAUAUUCAAAAACAACAAUCUGUCUUCAAACAGCUGAAACUGGUGAACUUGGGCCUAGUGCCUGUGCCCGAACACGAAACUGUAGCCCAUUGCCUGUUGUAA